GAAUGGAAUUCUCGUGCUGCUCAAAAUGCACAACGUUGGGCAGAUAGAUGUACUUUUGCUCACAGUCUACCACAUACAAGAACUGUGGGAAAACUCAGUUGUGGUGAAAAUAUAUUCAUGUCAACUCAACCUUUUGCAUGGAGUGGAGUAGUUCAGGAUUGGUAUGAUGAAAUCAAAAAUUUCGUCUAUGGCAUUGGAGCAAAGCCACCAGGUUCUAUUAUUGGCCAUUAUAUCCAGGUAGUUUGGUACAAAACUCACCUUCUUGGUUGUGCUUCUGCCAAAUGUUCUUCAACCAAAUACCUCUACGUUUGUCAAUACUGCCCAGCAGGGAACAUCAGAGGUUCAAUUGCUACUCCAUAUAAAUCAGGGCCAACUUGUGGGGACUGUCCUUCGGCUUGUGUCAACGGACUAUGCACAAAUCCUUGCAAAUAUGAAGAUGCCUUCACGAACUGCAAUGAUUUAGUGAAAGGAACUAAAUGCCAGACUGAAUGGAUCAAGUCAAAAUGCCCUGCUACUUGCUUCUGCCACAAUAAAAUAAUAUAGCCGAUCUCCCAUUCAGUAUUUGUUAUCUCUGCCAGAAAAAUCCAAAUUCCUAUUAAAAUCAUGGCAUCUUUUAGUAUCAGCAAAUUCUUACGUGACAUUUGAUUUCAUAUACUUUGCAUGAGGGUCUUAUGAAUGCCUAAGGGAAACAUAAGCCGGAGUAGAGGCGAGGGAUGAAAACUGUAAGUUCAAAGGGCCAUAGGAACAAUCACAGGCCUGGGUAACAUCCAAAAAAUACCACACUGAAACCUUGAUUAAAAGAAAACACUGAAGGCCUGAAAAUAAGAUCACCAAAAUUCUUUGUACUCCAACUAAAUCCAAUCUAGAACUUUACUAAAUCUAACCUAGAACUGAUCUGAUGCCUUUCAUGCAAAUUAUAUGCUAGGUUUUGGUGUUUUUAGUG